CGCGCCAAAUCCCCACAUCCCGAUAUCCCGGCGUCCCGACGACGUCCCGGAGUUCGCGGCCGUCAGUACGCCGUUCGCGCGCACGUUGCCAGCACCGCGAACCGUCGAUCACGGCGGUCAAAAUUUGCCGCAAGUAUAACGGAAUCAAAAGUGCUUGACAUUCGUCAGUGAUUGUGCGCGGACCUCGAACCGGUGAUAUUUUUUAUCUCAUUUUCGCCUCUUUCAAAUCGACCGGAGACUUUUCACCCCGCGUACGGCGACCGCGAGCGACGAUAAAUUUUAUUUCUUCAUCCCCCACCGGAAGCGGGCGAAGAAUUUCGUCUUCCAAUUCGACCGUUGAAUUCACGCCCCCCGCGUAAUUUCGCCUCGCCGAGUGAGAGUCUGACGAGAGAUAAAACGGAAAAUUAAAAAGCAAGAAGAGAAACAUUCUGCGCUCCGCGAUCCGCGGUGACGCCGACUACGUCGCCGGUGCCUAACGUCAAAUGAACCGUUGUUCCCGAGAACAGCCGUAGUUGUAAUCUAUUAGUUUCUCAACAAUAGGCAGCAUCAGGCGAGUUUAAUCAUGACGUGAAAUGCCCCAGAGCGAUUUAGAGCGGCUCAAAUAUGGAGGAGGCAGAAUGGCUACAAGACAUCCUAAACAGCUCAUCCGCGUCGUCGAAAAACGGAGCUUUCUCUCUGGAAGUCGGCGGUAUGAAAUCAACGGCAAUGAACGUGACCCCAGACGCAUCUAGCCUUAACCUUACGCAACAGGAGGAUGGCCUCAACAUUUACUAUUUUUACGAGAGGGAGCAGUUCCUGGUUAUGGGGAUAUUAUUCUUCGCGAUAGUGAUCGGUAACGGUGCGGUACUCUCGGCACUUUUACUCGCAAGAAGUCGGAAGUCUCGAAUGAACUACUUCAUCAAGCAGCUAGCGAUCGCUGAUCUUCUCGUUGGUCUAAUCAACGUUGGCACGGAUAUUGCUUGGCGUUCCACAGUAGACUGGCUGGCGGGGAACGUUGCUUGCAAGCUCAUAAAAUAUUUUCAGGCAGUCGUUACCUAUAGCUCAACUUACGUGCUCGUCGCACUUAGCAUAGAUAGGUACGACGCGAUAGCACAUCCAAUGAAUUUUUCUGGCAGCUGGUUCAGAGCGAAGUGUCUGGUGGCAACAGCCUGGGUGCUUUCCUUCGUUUUUGCCAGCCCGAGCGGGAUACUUUUUAACGAAGCAGUAAUCGAUGCUAAGACGCAGUGCUGGAUCCACUUGGAACAGGAUCAAUGGCAGAUUUACAUAUCCCUGGUGAGCAUCGCUCUCUUCAUACUGCCGGCGAUCAUCAUCGCGGCAUGCUACACUUGCAUAGUGUGCACUAUAUGGAACAAGAGUAAACGUCUCGCGCCAAAAAUACCAAGACCUAAAAUAAACGGACACUUUGACGACGAGGAAGUAACCAGGCGUGCUAGCAGUCGAGGUCUCAUCCCACGGGCAAAAAUAAAAUCCGUCAAAAUGACCCUCGUUAUAGUUUUCGUAUUCAUUAUUUGCUGGAUUCCGUACAUAAUGUUCGACAUGCUACAAGUGUUCGAACACAUUCCUCGGACCCAGACGACCAUAGCGAUCGCCACGUUCAUACAGAGUCUGGCGCCAUUGAAUUCUGCGGCAAACCCCAUAAUUUACUGUGUAUUCUCAUCCCACAUCUGCAGAAACCUGAGGUACUUGAUUAGAAAAUUACCACCGGUACGAUGGAUUCUCGGCGGUCCGCGCGGAGGUCGCCUAGGACAUUCGAGGACCGACACGACCAGUCUCACCGAAGGAGCGAGUACGAGGGCCAGGUCGGUGCACUCGAUUCACACAACCCGAAUGCACAGUUUGCACACGACUUCGAAUCACAAGCUGUAAGCUCGUCGUUCACCGAGGGCCAUCCGAGGGCCCGAUUCCCGACGGUCGCGUCUCGACGCGGAUUCGAAUUUCUCGAAUUGAAAUCUACCUCGCGAAGUUCGUCGUACCUACGUUAUAUUCGUCGCGAGAGAAACGGAGGGAGGAAAUUGCGACAGGGGUGAAUAACUGUGAGUAUGCCAAAGGAUAAUUAUUGAACUUUCGAAAGUUGACAGUACGUUAAGAGGUAUAAGCGUUAUUACCGCGAAUUUUCAUUUACGGUGAAUCGUGUGUAAAAAAGGGUGGACCAAUUGAAGCGUUACAUGAUUUUACGCUGACGACGGACGAGGAGAAUAAUAAAAAAAAAAAAAAAAGAAAAAAAAAAAAAAAACUUUCGCUGUAUAAUUUUUGUGGACACGGUUAACGAUAACAUCGGAGCGAACUCCACGUAUAAUAAAACAAGAAAGAAAAAGAAAAACUUAUUAAUUAUAAUAACAGUAAUAAUAAUCAAAUGAAUAAACAAAAGGAAAUUUUACCGUCAAAGUUCAUGUCCGCAGUGUAAUGGAAAUUCAAAAUUCACAUUAUAAACAUUACUGUUAAAUGUAUAUUUGUAUGUUAUGUAUAUUAUUAUGUAAAUGUAUAUUUGCGAACGGUAAAGCCGUUAUUGAGACUAUAUUAUAUGGGAUUAUUAAAAUCGAAUCUCUGUUAAAACAGUAUUACUAUAUAUGAAAUAUUUUAAAUGGCGACAAAAAAAAAAAAAAAAAAUUUCAGACAAAAAAAAAAAGUUGUAAUUGUAUGAUCGUUAUGUUGUAAGUAAUGAUUAAUCGAUUUCAAGUAAGAGAAAAAGAAAAAAAAAAAGAUUCACGUAUACCUAUUAAAUAUAUGACAUAACAUAUGUAUAUGGUAGAUAUGUAUAUCAAAUCUGUACGUAUAUUUAUUUUGACUAUGUAUAUAUAUAAUAAAUGUAUAUCUUUAUGUACUUAUAUAUAUAUGAAAUAUAUGUAUGCAAAACUAUUUUGUGACAAUAAAUUGAUGUUGUAAAAUAAAUAAUUGUCCAACA